AGUCGCACAGAGGACGCUCCUAUCGCCUCACGAAUGCGCAAAAAUACGCGAUCUUUUUCCGAAGUGCAAUAUCCAAACGAAUUUCAUUGUUGUUGUUUUCUUUAUAUAGCGCGAAACAAUACGUUAUCUAAUUGUUUUAGUUUUUAUUAAGUUUUGAAGCCAGUGUUGAUUUGUUUUAAGCGAGCCUUUUUAAUUACGUUCUCAGUGGCUGUGUUUCCUGCAUACAUUUGGAUAAAUCGUUAGCUGACUUGGAAUAACGAUUAAACGUAGUGAUUCUCUCGAAAAAUCGGGAACUCAAUGGCUGAAAGAUUGAAGGUUUGAUGGGGCGGUGACACAGCAUGCGCCGUGGGCCCUACGCCGCGAUCCUGCGGCUGCUACUCAUUGCCGGCAGCACAAGAUUCGUCAAUCCUCAUUCAAGUGACAGUACAGAUCUCAAGCAAGUAUGGGUAGAGAUACCCACCACCGUCGUAGCUUUGGGAGGCGAUGUCCGUAUUCAAAUUCACGGCGUUACUGGUACUCGCCUGAAGGUUCGCCUCGCCAGAGAAGACGACGAAGGGAGGACUCUGCUUGCCACGAUGCCGCUAGCUCUUGAUUCUGAAAGCCGAAUGACAAUACCGUGCGGAUACUUAUCAAGAGGAGGCACUUAUUACUUGGAACUUAUCGCUGAUAAAGAUAACUUCAUAAAUGAAGAUUACACCACGGAGAAUUUCACGAAUGAAAUUGAUGAUGAUGUUAAGCAGGAUGAAGAUAAUGGUUUUUCUAAACGCAACGUCGAUGAUUUGGAUGUCUUUAAUAAAAAAGACUAUCAAAUCACAAGUGACUCUAAUUUAGAUAGUUAUACGAAAAUAAGUGUUGAUGGUGCAGAGUCUAGUCGAAAUACAGAUAAUGUAACUAAAAGAUAUGUAUAUAAUGAACAUAGUAGUCGAAUUAGUAAUAGUAAAGAGCAUAUUGUUGACGGAACAGAUGAGAUUCUAACAGAAUCUAGACUGAAGAGGGAUGUUGAUAAUGAAGGUAGUAUAAUGGAUGCUGGAGAUAGUGUUGUUAAAUCUUGGAAGUUCGACGUGCAAUGGCCCACAGCUAAUCUUGAUGUGACCCCGGAAAAUAUACAAACUUAUCCACAGAGACAAGUGAUGGCCAUCAUAGAGUUUCCAAGGGUUGUUUGUACACCAAUAGAAUCCAGUGCUGAUUUCUUUCUAGAAUUGUUGUAUUGUGGUCACUCGAGCGGUCGAGCUAUGCUGUGUGAUGGAAAGAAUAGCAGUUCUCAUACACACGCUCUAUAUUCGGAGGAGAUGCACGGCUUCCCUGGCCGUCGUACAAUGACCCUGAGAUGUGAAUUCUUUGGGCAGGCUGGCGAUUAUGCCUUAACCCUACGACCAGCCGCAGCGGCGGGCCCACAAGAUUCUGCUAUUGCUUUUAUUAAGGCGGACUGGUCUGAUCAAUUCGUACUCAAUGUACCAGGCGGAUCCGUGUUCCCGUGUGGAGACGGGGUACGCGUCUUAUUCCAGUAUCCAGAAUGUGCGAUCGAAGAUGUGGAUAGAGUCCGUGUGUUCGGUAGAGACUCGGACAAACUGCGCUACAUCGUUGAGAGGAGAGUUCGCAGGGGUCAACAUACUGCGACCUUCGACUGUCGGCUCUUCACGGAGCGCUAUCCUGAAUACUGCUUUGUUUACGUGUCUCAAGCUGUAACCGGUGCAGUGGCCGACGUUAGGAUGGACUGCCUACCCACUUUACCACUAUCAGAUGGUGGUGCCGGAGGUUGGGGCGAAUGGUCUCCGUGGUCAACUUGUCCAGCACCAGCGCACUGUUCGACUCGCACCCGAAGCCGCCAUAGAUUCUGUGAUUCUCCCCCACCAGCAUACGGAGCUAAGUACUGUGAGGGGCAAGCGGUGGAGCUGGCAGCGUGUGAGUGCGCAGCGAAACCAUGGGCAGGAGACUCUUCUACAGUGGUAGCUGAAGUGGGACCAAAGUGUAGGUGUGGGUGCGUGCUGCAUCUAGCGCCGGCCGCCAGACUGUUGGCUGGUUCCGCGAGGGCCUGCAAGACAAGGUCGUUUUGGUUACUGCAGGCCGAAGAAGGACUUGAAGUUCGUCUUCGUAUUGAAGCGGUACGGUUGCCAUGCGCCGGUCAAGCUCUGAGAGCCCGUGAUGGAGAUUCUUUAGGAUCUCCGCUGUUGGCUUCUUGGGAUGGACCGGACAGUUCUGCUGUUAUCGGUGAUGUGGAAACAACAACGGACAGUACCGGAGCCAUGGAGAUCGCUGGAGGUCAGCACAUUCUGGUGGAGCUGAGGUCUGGAGACACCAGCGAACACUGCUCCGGAGGUUUCUUGGCUCACGCUAGUCAAGUCGAACCGAUCCGCAACGUCUCGGCAGCGUGGGCCUCAAUGCGGGGAGGGGAGUGGUGGCGGAGCGGGGGCGGGGCGCGAGGAGCCGCCGUAACUCUCGCGGCGGCUGCAGCACUCGCCGCUCUAUGUCUGGCUCUACAUUCCGCCCAUCGCACUAGAGCUUACCAGCGCGCUGCCGAUAAAGAGUCUUUAACCGAUAGUGAUGCCUGUUCAGCAUCUCUGGAACUAGGGAGAACGACUGCCGGUUCUCGGAGCACUCUACUAUCUGAAGUGGUCGGGGGAGGUGUGUCCCUCCGUCGACUCCUACCUUCAGGGAAGACUCGUCACACCAGACUAAGGGACUUCGAUAGAGCCUCUGAACGUGUAGAGCAAAGAGACGAAGAUGAACCCUCUGAUCAGGAGCAGGACGUGGCUGAUAAUAUGAGCGUGGUGAGCGCUCAGAGCGUGGCCAGCCAAGCCACCAUCACACCAGAGACGGUAUCCGCUAGCAGCGCUCCGGCGGGUAGAAACAGCGUCAUACCAUCACCGCUGCGACGAUCGAGAACCGUAUCAGCUUCUAAUGUCACUACGAAGGUUUUGCUAGAAAACCCUGCGUUAGUGACCUCGCCGCCUCAAUCGUCUAACUGCGAUACAACCGGCAUGGAACUUAGCACCAGCGUCAGCAGUGUGAGCGAGAGAGACGACAUUUCCAGCGAAAAAGACAGAGACAGUGCGUGGGAGAAAGAUCGCAGCGAAAGUCGAGCUUCCUCUUCCACUUCUGCAGCGACUUUGACAAAUGGCUGGUAUUCACCAGCGCUUAGCGGUGUAUCCGCAGCCAAGAUCCGCGACAAUCCAAAGCACACUAAAGAGAACUGCAAUCGAAGACUCCUCAAAUCCGAUCUGAGCCUCACUUCGCACGCUGAAAUGGAAAUAGACUACUAUGAUUACGAAGUCAAUAAUGCUGGUUCGGUACCAGGUUCGUAUUUGGGUAUGGAUCCAGCUUUCCUAGUUUGGAUACCGCCGUUAGAAGAAGGUGAUAUUUUGAAAGAAAUCAAUGAGAAAAAACAACCAAUUUAUGAGGAAAUCCUUCCAAAAGAACUUCAUCCUGAUCCAGGCAGCAAUACCGAAUCACCAGAAGACAGACCUUCAUCGAGCAAUCUCAAAAGGUCUGAGAACAGAUCGAAUAGGUCCAACGAAUCCAUCAAAUCGAUACGUAAAGUCAUAGAAAAGGGCAACAUUAUACACCCGUUAAACUUCAGUAUAAGUGAUUUGCAAAAAUCACCCAAACUUAUCAGGAAAGGCAGGAAGAAGAAGGUCGAAAGUCCCGUGACGAUACCGAUGAAAGAUUUAACGUUGACACGGUCUCCGGUUAAAGUGCACAGGAGGGAAAAUCGUGAUCCUGAUAACACAUCAACGUUAAAACGAAUUAACGAUACGAUUCGUGAAACUAAUGCUGAUACUCUGAAAAUAUCUGAUUUUGGUGAUAUAAAGUUUGCUGAUGAAAAUUCAGAUUCAUCCAAUGAAAUCACUUUUGCUGAUGAUUCUCCCGAUAGCAAUAGAUUCACCGAUAAGUAUAACAUUAGGGCUUGAAACAUUUUUGAAAUCGAUUCCAUAUCUUGUAUUCUAAGUAUGGUCAGCAUCGGAAUCAAUGUAGAUGCAUUAUUGUAGAAACAACAUAAUUAACUAAAAUAAAAAAUGAAAUAAAACUAUUCUAGUCACUCGUAAUAAUAUAAAUUAUAAUGGUGUUUUCACAAAAUCUA